UCAAACAGUGAAAAUGGCUUCAGCAGCUGAAGAUGAUUAUAUUUGUCCUGUAUGUCAUGAAAUCUUCAAGGAUCCUGUUCUUCUGUCAUGUAGUCACAGUUUCUGUAAAGAGUGUCUUCAACAGUUCUGGAGAACCAAGAAAACUCAGGAGUGUCCUGUCUGCAGGAGAAAAUCCUCAAGAGAUAAACCUCCAGUUAAUCUGGCAUUAAAGAACUUGUGUGAGUCGUUUCUGAAGGAGAGAAAUGAGAGGCGUUCAUCAGGAUCUGAGGAGAUCUGCAGUUUACACAGUGAGAAACUCAAACUCUUCUGUCUGGAGGACAAACAGCCUGUGUGUUUAGUGUGCAGAGAUUCACAGAAACAUGACAAUCAUAAAUUCAGACCCAUCAGUGAAGUGGUUUCAUCAUAUAAGGAGGAGCUCAAUACAGCACUGGAGUCCUUACAAGAGAAACUUCAACACAAUGAAGAAAUGAAAGGAGAGUUUGAGGAAACAGUUCAACACAUCAAGUCUCAAGCUGAGCACACAGAGCGCCAGAUUAAACAGCAGUUUGAGAAGCUUCAUCAGUUUCUCAGAGAUGAAGAAGAAGCUACAAUCACUGCUCUGAGGGAGGAAGAGGAGCAGAAGAAGCAGAUGAUGAAGGAGAAGCUGGAGGAGAUGAACAGACACAUCUCAGCUCUUUCACACACAAUCAAAGACAUGGAGGAGAUGAUGAAAGCCAAUGACGUCUGCUUUCUGAAGGAGUUUCCAGUCUCAGUGGAAAGAGUCCAGAGCUCACAGCCAGAUCCACAGAUGGCUUCUGGAGCUUUGAUUCAUGUGCCACGUUACUUGGGCAACCUGCCGUUCAGAGUCUGGAAGAAGAUGCAGGACAUCGUCCAAAACAGUGAGUCUGACUGCAGAAGAUCUGAGCUGGAAAUGAGGGAUGGUGGAGAGUUAAAGUUCAAGUUUCAAGUUUACUUUAUUUAUAUAGCACAUUUAAAACAGCCACAAGGCUGACCAAAGUGCUUCACAAGAGAAACAGCAUCAUAAGAGUAAUAAGAGUACACAAAACUAAGAACCAGAAUAAAAUAAAUAAAUAAAUAAAAUUCACCAAAAAAUAGAAAAUAUAAUAGGCAGGAAUUUAAAACCUAAUAGGCCAAUGAAAACAGAUGGGUUUUUAGAAGAGACUUAAAAAUGGUCAGACUAGGGGCUAUUCGAAUCUCCACUGGCAAGUCAUUCCAGAGGAGAGGACCGAUUACUGAGAAGGCACGGGCACCUCUACACUUAAGUCUGGAGUGAGGGAUUAAGAGAAGGUUCUGUUCACCAGAUCUUAGGCUUCUCGAGGGGAUGUACUGAUGCAGCAAUUCAGAUAGGUAGCCGGUGCUUGAUUGUGUAAAGAUUUAAAAACAAAUAAUACGAUUUUAAAAUGUAUUCUAAAUUGAGCAGGCAACCAAUGAAGGGCCUUAAAAAGCGGAGUGGCGUGAUCCCUUUUUUUCUUUUUUCUAGAAGAAAUCUAGAGGCAGCAUUUGGACCAGUUGAAGACGGGCAAUUUGAGCUUUAGAAAUGCCACAGUAUAAUGAGUUACAGUAAUCGAGAUAUGACGUAAUAAAAGCAUGCACCGCCAUCUCUAGGGUCUUAACAGUGAGGAAAUGUUUAAUUUUUGCAAGUAUACGGAGCUGAUGAAAACUGUACCCAAUCACAGUGGAUAUUUGUUUAUCAAAUUUUAAUGAGUCAUCUAAAAUAACACCCAGAUUACGUACCUGUGAAGACCUAAAAGCCGAUAGGGAUCCCAGGUCAAAAUUAAAUGCUUUCAUAUGUUCUGAAGGGCCAAAAACAAUUACUUCAGUUUUCUCUUCAUUUAAGGAUAUACAUUUUUGAGAUAACCAGGAUUUAACCUCCUCUAGACAGGAUAAAAC